GGUAACUGCCGGAGAGCGAAACCAAAAUUUCUGGAUCACGAACCAAACCAUAGCUUUCCUCUCUCUACAGAUCCGUACUUUAAAUCGGGUUACAGGCCAACCAUAGACUGCUCAGUCGACUUCAGAGUGGCGCGCCUCUCAUGGGUCAUGAUAGAUCCAUAACCGGGUCUGAAAUACGAUCAUGAACGCCCUGUCAUUGCUGACGCCGCCGUCAAGCUUCCAGAUUGGAAUCCGGGCCAUCUGCAGGCAAUCCGAACGGAGAUUUGGCGCCGCGGCCGUUCGCCAGCUCUCAAACGCAUCCCGAGGUGCUUCAGAACAAUGCCGCCCACACGGCAGUCGCGUGUCUCUUGACCCCUUCCGGCUUCUCAGGCACGACCGCUCACGAUACGAGCAACUUCUACCAAGGAUCACCGUCCGAACCAUAUUCAAGUUCCGCGCCAUCGUCCACUACAGCCAGCUACCUCAAGACUAUGAAGAUGCAAACGGUCUACCAUUCAGGAAAGAAGAACUCAACCGCACCGAAGUCAAACAAGUAUUCGGUUCAUACACAAGCCCGACCGACGCGAAUGCGUUGCUUAGGAUAAUACACGGACGAAGAGUGGCAGGCACGCUGGACGACCCGGAUUUGCAGCAGAAUUCGGCUUCCUUCCGCGGAGAAGACAAGAUCAAGGCUCUGGAAUACUUGCGCAAACAUGUUCCCGUCGAUGAGGUCAUCAACGCUGGCCUGCGCGCCGAGGACGAGCUCCGGUUGCUCGAGGAGCAUGAGAAGGAGGGUGAGGUGAUGGAGGAGCAGCAUGAAGAGACAAGCCCCCAGAAGACACAUCCGGCUCCUGCUUCAGGAGAACCAGUCGUGGAAGAUCAAGCAAGCCUACCAUCAGGUCGCUUGCCAAACCGGACAGCUAGCUCGCCGUAUGGAGAGAGCACCUUUGAUCGGAUCCGCAAGCGCAAUUUAGCGAUACAGGCCGAAAAGGACAGGAUUGCGGAGGAGGAACGCCUCAAACGUGAAGAGGAAGAAGCACUUGGAAACAUUGGCACCUUGCAGACGGAACAGGCGAGGCCGAGGGCUGUGAGCGCUUGGAGGGCAAAGCAUGAAGAGCGAGCUACAUCUGACCUCACAGCACCACCCGAGAUGAAGGCCUGGGAGCGGUUACUUCCUGCUACUACUUUUACUGUCCUACUGAUCGCCGCCUGUUUUGUCCUGGCUGCCUACUACACGCCCCCAAGACGCGACGGGAGAGUCUGGCCGGACAUCCCACCGGCCGCCGCCACAUGUAUUGGACUUAUCCUCGUCAACAUUGGAGUAUUUGCCUUAUGGAGGUUCCCGCCUGCCUGGGCAUGGCUCAACAGAUACUUCCUGGUGGUUCCUGCCACACCACGUCCUCUGCAGCUGAUCGGUGCUCUUUUCUCGCACCAGUCGUGGGGACACAUGGCCGGCAACAUGGUUGCUCUGUGGUUCUUUGGUAUUCGUCUCCACGACGAGAUUGGUCGGGGCAAUUUCCUGGCUCUUUACUUCGCCUCCGGUACUGUCGGAUUCUUAGCGAGCAUGUUCAACCUCGUUCUUUGGCGGGGUCUCGAAUUCACGACGCUAGGUGCCUCAGGUGCCAUUUACGGAAUCAUUACAGCCUUCUUCUGGAUGCAUCGGAAGGAAGAGUUCAAGAUUUUUGGAUACCCACCUGACCCGUGGUCGGGCCCUACCGGUGCUGUGUUCCUUGGUCUUCUGAUCGGACUGCAUGCAUACGCCGGCCUGUUCUCCAGUGCUGCAGCGGCGAUGAGCUUGGAUGUGGCGUCGCAUGUCGGUGGUAUCUUUGCCGGUCUAGCCGGCGUUGAAAUUGUACAAAGGAAUCUGAGCGAACGGGCAAGGGAAAGAGCCGAGAGGGCAAAGGCAGAGUCCAGAAGCAUCGAUGUUCUGGGCAAGGUCGUGGAGCAGAGGCCGAAGGGUGAGAAAUCUACCGAGUAACAGGCGCCAUGCUGUCUAACAUGACCUACUGAAUAUCUGUACCAUAUAAAUCUUCACAAUCCCCCACUUUAGACUACAUAUACAGCAUGAUUGGUAUUGGUGGAGCAUUGGUGGAAAGGCGUCAUGUAGAAACGAGUACGGGUGUACAAUCUCAUAUAUAUAUAUAUCUUGUAUCUAGACGUUGGUUGUUCAUUUUUGAAAAUCUUGCU